AUGAAGCCACUCAUUGAUCCCGGCCGCGAGGAGGCCGCACUUUCUCCAGUCUGGGCUCUAGCAGCUGAAAUUUACCGCUUUAUCCAUUGGAGCAGCUCCAGCAGCGAAUGUCGAACAAGCAGUCAGCACCGUGACAUCCAGCCAAUCGCAGCAACUUCUUACGAUGCCACGGAAAUUCCAGCAAAUGACGGCCGUGGCAAAACCACAAUUCCCUGCAUCGCUGACCUUCUCCGCAUGAGACUCCUCGUACAUGAGGAACGGGAGCAGGCUGAGAAAAUUAUGUAAUUCCAGAAUCGGCGUGGAGGCUGAAUCUUGCUGGAGGAUAUCAAGAAGCCAGAGCAAGCUAAGUGGAGCAGCGCUCUGGCGGCAAUGUGGAGAGCUCUGCACCUGGAGAAGGACGUGAACCAGUGUCUGUUGGAUCUGCACAAACUCGCCACUCAUCACGUUGAUCCUUAUCUAUGUGGCUUCCAGCAGAACCACUACUUGGAUGAACAAGUGAAGAUAAUCAAGAAGCUUGGCGAUCAGCUCACCAACCUGAAGAAACUGGGAGCUACCGGGAAUGGUCUUGGAGAGUACCUGUUUUACAGAUAA